AUGGAGUACACGCCGCUGCUCUUCAAGGACACGUCGUCGUUCUUGGCGCGGCCGCAUGGCACGGUCGCAUCCUCCUACGUAUCGCUCAUGUGCUCCAUGCUGGGCGCGGGCGUCCUCGCGCUGCCUAGCACCGUCGCCAGUGCGACCGUCGUCCCGAGCGUCGUGCUGCUCAUCCUCAACGCCGCACUCACGGGCCUCUCGUUCCUCUGCUUGGCCUUGGUCGCCGACGCUACCGACGCGUACUCGUACGAGGCCAUGGGCCGUCUCCUCUGCACGCGCGUCGAGCUCUGGUGCCUGCGGCUCGUGACGUUACUCCCGCUCUUUGGCGGCGCGGUCCUGUACAUGGUCAUCGCCGCCGACAUGGUCGCGCCUGUGCUGCCGCUCUCGCGCGCGAGCAUCACUUUGGUGUUUGUCGUGUGUCUCUUUCCCCUCUGCCUCCCCGACACGCUCCACGCGCUGCGCUAUUCGAGUGCCAUGGUGGUCGCAUGCGUCCUCUACGUCGUCCUCGUGCUCGUGGGCCAUGCAGUCGACAAGCCUUGGCCCGCGCCCGCGCAUGACGUUACCUUGGUUGGCCUCGCCUCGGUGCUGCCGAUCCAGACGCUGAGCUUUUGCUGCCACUUCAACUUUGUGCGUGCGUACGGCGAGCUGCGCUGCAAGUCGUCGAUCACGCAUAUCGCAGCGUAUGCGCUUGCGUCUGGGCUUGUCUUGUAUACGAUUGCGUCGAUCGCGGGCUACGUCUGCCUCGGCGGCGCGCCGCCCGCCGACAUCCUCGACGGCUUUCCGCUCGCUGACGUGAGCAUCUCGGGCGUCAAGGCCGCGCUCGCCAUGUGCAUGUGGUGCAAGACGCCGCUCGUGUUCCAGCCGUUCCGGGAGGUCGUCGAGCUCUGGUACAUGCGGCCCAAGAUCGAGCACCUCCGGCUGCCCUACCGCGUGCUGCUGAUUUUGGGCUUUCUGCUGGGCGCGGGCGCCGCCGCCGUGGCCGCCACCGACUUGAGCCACGUCAUGGCGUGGGUUGGCGCCUCGGCCGGCCUCGUCGUCUCGUUCAUUGUGCCCGGCGUCUUUCUCAAGAAGGCGCUCGACCAAGGCUUCCUGCCCAUGGUGCAGUGGCACUUGCAUCUCGCCCGCGCCAUGAUCCUCAUUGGCACGAGCUUACUCGCCCUCGCGCUCUGGUCCUUUCUCUAA